UAGCUGGUAAUGGGCAGGUUCUUUGCCACAGAAGUUUUUCCAGUGAUACAAGAUAGAAGAAUCUGAGUUUGAUCAUCAAAGAGUACUAAACUGUAGCUAUGAUUGCAUCGUAUUUGCCAAAAUACGGGGCAGUUUUGACCCUCUUUGUCCUAAGUGUGGGUGCCCUGGACACUUUCAUUGCUGCGGUGUAUGAGCAUGCUGUUAUAUUACCGAAUAGAACAGAAACACCUGUUCCAAAGGAAGAAGCUCUGCUCCUGAUGAACAAGAACAUAGAUGUUUUAGAGAAAGCAGUUAAACUGGCAGCCAGGCAGGGCGCACAUAUCAUUGUGACACCAGAGGAUGGAAUUUAUGGCUGGGUCUUCACAAGGGAGACCAUUUAUCCCUAUCUGGAAGAUAUCCCACACCCAGAAGUGAACUGGAUUCCAUGCAAAGACCCACAGAGGUUUGGCUACACCCCAGUACAAGAAAGGCUCAGCUGCCUGGCCAAGGACAACUCUAUCUACGUCGUGGCAAAUAUUGGGGACAAGAAGCCAUGCAAUGCCAGUGACACUAAUUGUCCCCCUGAUGGUCAUUACCAGUACAACACGAAUGUGGUGUUUGAUUCUGAGGGUAAGCUUGUGGCACGCUACCAUAAGUACAAUCUUUUUGCACCUGAAAUUCAGUUUGAUUUCCCCAAGGAUUCAGACCAUGUGACUUUUGACACUCCCUUUGGGAAGUUUGGCAUUUUCACUUGCUUUGACAUUUUUUCUCAUGACCCGGCUGUGGUGGUGGUGGAUGAGCUUCAAGUUGACAGCGUUCUCUACCCCACAGCGUGGUACAACACGCUGCCCCUCCUGUCGGCGGUUCCCUUCCAUUCGGCAUGGGCCAGAGCCAUGAGAGUCAACCUGCUUGCUGCAAAUACUCACAACACCAGCAUGCAUAUGACAGGGAGUGGAAUUUACACACCUGAAGCAGUCAAGGUGUAUCACUAUGACAUGGAAACAGAGAGUGGCCAGCUGAUGCUCUCAGAACUGAAGUCCCGGCCUCGGCGCGAGCCUACCCACCCUGCAGCUGUUGACUGGAGUGCUUACGCCAGAAGUGUCAAGGCAUUCUCAUCUGAGCAGUCUGAUUUUAUGGGGAUGAUUUAUUUUGAUGAGUUCACCUUCACCGAGCUUCAGACAAGCACAGGAAAUUAUACAGUUUGCCAGAAAGACCUGUGUUGUCACUUAACUUACAAGAUGUCUGAGAAGCGAUCAGAUGAGGUGUAUGCACUCGGUGCUUUUGAUGGUCUGCACACAGCAGAAGGCCAGUAUUACUUACAGAUAUGCACAUUACUGAAGUGUCAAACCACUGACUUGAGAACUUGUGGGGAGCCUGUGGGGUCAGCUUUUACCAGCUUUGAAGAAUUCUCCCUCAGUGGCACAUUUGGAACAAGUUAUGUUUUCCCACAGCUCAUUCUAAGUGGGAGUCAGCUUGCCCCUGAAAGACAUUAUGAGGUUUCAAACGAUGGACGUCUGAAGAGCAGGAGCGGAGCUCCUCUGCCUGUAUUAGUGAUGGCCCUGUAUGGAAGAGUAUUCGAGAAGGACCCUCCGCGCUUAGGACAGGGACCAGGGAAAUUGCAGUGAUCCCCUUUUACUGGCACUCUUUCAAGAUUAGCCUAGCAAAGAGAGGGAGGGAAAAAGAGAGAGCCCUUGCUGUCAUUUAUAAGAGAUGUCAUAAAUUGGCUGAAACAACACACAAAAGAAGAUUUAAAAAGCCAUAGAUGUGUGUACAAAUUCUACAUAUUAGAUUUAGCACAAACUCAUUUAUGGGAGCUGCAUUCAUCUUCCAUGUAGAUGCAUUUAAGUCUGUGUAAUUAUGUAUAAUACAGUCAAGAUGUACUUCAGUAUUA